GGGAUCCGGGCCACCCUGACGCCCACUGUGCUGGCCCCCCGCCUGCCGCAGCCGCCUCAGAACCCGACCAACAUCCAGAACUUCCAGCUGCCCCCAGGAAUGGUCCUCGUGCGGAGUGAGAAUGGGCAGCUGUUAAUGAUCCCUCAGCAGGCCCUGGCCCAGAUGCAGGCCCAGGCUCACGCCCAGGCUCAGCCUCAGACCAGCAUGGCACCCCGCCCUGCGACCCCUACCAGUGCCCCUCCCGUCCAGAUUUCUGCUGUACAGGCACCUGGGACACCCAUCAUCGCACGGCAGGUGGCCCCCACUACCAUAAUCAAGCAAGUGUCUCAGGCCCAGACAACGGUACAGCCCACCACCACACUGCAGCGCUCACCCGGGGUCCAGCCUCAACUUGUCCUGGGCGGCGCUGCCCAGACGGCGUCCCUUGGGACGGCGACGGCUGUUCAGACGGGGACACCUCAGCGAACGGUCCCGGCGGGGACCACAGCCUCCACGGCUGCCACGGAAACUAUGGAAAACGUGAAGAAGUGCAAAAACUUUCUAUCUACGUUAAUAAAGCUGGCAUCGUCCGGUAAACAGUCAACAGAGACAGCGGCCAACGUCAAAGAGCUGGUGCAGAGUUUACUGGACGGGAAAAUCGAAGCGGAAGACUUCACUAGCAGGCUCUACCGAGAGCUCAACUCCUCACCUCAGCCUUACCUCGUGCCUUUCCUGAAGAGGAGCUUGCCCGCCUUGCGACAGCUGACCCCCGACUCCGCAGCCUUCAUCCAGCAGAGCCAGCAGCAGCCGCCGCCCUCCUCGCAGGCCACCACCGCCCUCACCGCCGUGGUGCUGAGCAGCCCGGUCCAGCGCACGGCCGGGAAGACGGCCCCCCCGGGGGGCGCCGGCAGGCAGGGCCAGCCCACGCCGCUGGUGAUCCAGCAGCCCCCGAAGCCAGGCGCCCUGAUCCGGCCCCCGCAGGUGACGUUAACACAGACGCCCAUGGUCGCGCUGCGGCAGCCUCCCAGCCGGAUCAUGCUCACCACGCCACAGCAGAUCCAGCUGAAUCAGCUGCAGCCAGUCCCCGUGGUGAAGCCCGCUGUGCUGCCUGGAACCAAAGCCCUGUCCGCCGUCUCGGCCCAAGCUGCUGCUGCGCAGAAGAACAAGCUCAAGGAGCCCGGGGGAGGUUCGUUUCGGGACGAUGACGACAUUAACGAUGUCGCGUCGAUGGCUGGUGUGAACCUUUCAGAGGAGAGCGCAAGAAUACUGGCCACCAACUCCGAGCUGGUGGGCACGCUGACACGCUCGUGCAAAGACGAGACCUUCCUCCUCCCGGCGCCCUUGCAGAGGCGGAUACUAGAAAUAGGUAAAAAGCACGGCAUCACGGAGCUGCACCCCGAUGUCGUGAGCUACGUGUCGCAUGCCACGCAGCAGAGGCUGCAGAACCUGGUGGAGAAGAUCUCCGAGACGGCGCAGCAGAAGAACUUCUCCUACAAGGAUGACGAAAGAUACGAGCAGUCUAGCGACGUCCGGGCCCAGCUCAAGUUUUUCGAACAGCUGGAUCAGAUUGAGAAGCAGAGGAAGGACGAGCAGGAGCGGGAGAUCCUCAUGCGGGCCGCGAAGUCUCGAUCCAGACAAGAAGACCCAGAACAGUUACGGUUGAAGCAGAAGGCGAAAGAGAUGCAGCAGCAGGAGCUGGCACAGAUGAGGCAGCGGGACGCCAACCUCACAGCACUCGCAGCCAUCGGGCCGAGGAAGAAGAGGAAAGUGGACUGUCCAGGACCGGGGUCAGGGACAGAGGGCUCGGGCCUGGGCUCGGCAGUCCCAGGCAGCUCCGGCGUGGGAACCCCCAGACAGUUCACACGACAAAGAAUCACGCGGGUCAACCUCAGGGACCUCAUAUUUUGUUUAGAAAAUGAGCGUGAGACAAGCCAUUCACUGUUGCUCUACAAAGCAUUCCUCAAGUGACCACGGUGUUUGUGACGGACGCCUGGGGACGUUUUUAUAUAUUUGCAGACGACGCCUUUUUGUAAUGAGCAAAUGGGAUAUUGUUUAAAAAUAGCCACCUCUUUACAACGGGACAGUUUUAUAGCCUCCUGUUUCUAAUGAGCUCUUCAGUGUGGGGAGUAAUCCGCAGCAGCGAGAACACACAGGCCUGUGGGUACUCUGAACGGACCCCUGAUCUCAGCUCACCCUUGAUCGAGUGGCCUUCUUGCCAAACAAGCCAUAUUGAAGCCCGAGGGGUCGGUAGCAGGUAGUCAGCUACCCGCGCUUCCGCGCUCUCCGUGCGUCUCGGUCUCGUCCUCCGACUUCCUCCGUAGGGGAGUCUACAGCCGAUGACCUCGUUUCCUUUAUUUUAGUUUUUUAACAGUCGGUUGGCAAAGCGAACUGACUUUUUAGACUAUUUAUGUCCCUGCCCGCCCACCCAGCACGUGGAGGACCGCGCCCUGGCCGGCGCCGGGAGCGCGUUCUGCUCGGUCGGGCCGAGAGCGGGAGGCGCCUCCGGGUGCGGUCGGCGUCUGGACACGCGUUCUAUUUGCUAUCGUUUGUAAAGCUGUAAAGUGGAAAGAGAUGGGACCUUCUCAGCAUAAAUAUAUUUUACUUGCACUGUGUUUUUAGCGGAAAGUGAAAACUUAGAUGAAAUAAAAUCAGAGUUGAGAAGA